AUGGCGUCCCACAUCAUUCUGCCCAAGGAGGAGGAGGCGGAGCAGGAGGCGGGGCGCGGCGCGGCGGCGGAGGCGGACCACGGCCCGCCGGAGACGCGCGGGUACCGGCACAUGGAGACGGCCCCGAAGCCGCUCCCGUUCUCGGCCACGUGCGUGCGGAUCUCCCGCGACUCCUACCCCAACCUCCGCGCGCUCCGCAACGCCUCCGCCAUGAACCUCCCCGACGACGACGCCGCCUACAUCAAGCUCGACGAGGGCGACUACGGAUACGUCCUCGACGACGUCCAGCACCUCACCGACUACCUCCCCGAACUCCCCACUUUUCCUAACCCAUUGCAAGAUCACCCUGCCUAUUCAACCGUCAAGCAGUAUUUCGUCAAUGCGGAUGACACUGUACCUGAAAAGGUGGUUAUUCAGAAGAACAGCCAACGUGGGGUUCAUUUCCGUCGCGCUGGACCUCGUCAGAGGGUCUACUUCGAGCCAGAAGAUGUGAAAGCAUGCAUUGUAACGUGUGGAGGCCUUUGCCCUGGGCUUAAUACUGUCAUUAGAGAGUUGGUUUGUGGCUUAUCACAUAUGUACAAUGUCAGUGAUAUCUUCGCAAUUCAGAAUGGAUACAAAGGCUUCUAUUCGAGCAAUUAUCUUCCCAUGACACCAAAAAGUGUUAAUGAUAUCCACAAAAGGGGUGGUACAGUUCUUGGAAGUUCACGUGGUGGUCAUGAUACCAACAAGAUUGUAGACAACAUUCAAGAUCGUGGAAUUAAUCAGGUUUACAUUAUUGGAGGAGAUGGAACACAGAAGGGAGCAUACGAGAUAUUCAAGGAAAUUCGGAGACGUGGUCUGAAAGUCGCUGUUGCUGGUAUCCCCAAGACAAUUGAUAAUGAUAUAGCGGUUAUAGACAAGUCCUUCGGUUUUGAUACCGCUGUGGAAGAGGCCCAACGUGCCAUUGAUGCCGCUCAUGUGGAAGCAUCAAGUGCCGAGAACGGCAUAGGCUUGGUGAAGCUGAUGGGUCGCUAUAGUGGGUUUAUUGCAAUGUAUGCUACUCUGGCAAGCAGAGAUGUGGACUGCUGCUUAAUUCCAGAAUCCCCAUUUUAUUUGGAAGGCAAGGGUGGACUUUUCGAGUAUAUAGAAAAGAGGCUGAAGGAGAACAACCACAUGGUCAUUGUUGUGGCUGAGGGAGCAGGACAGGAUCUCAUUGCCAAAAGUAUACCUGUAGCAGAUCAGCUAGAUGCAUCUGGAAAUAAGCUGCUUCUUGAUGUUGGUCUUUGGUUAACUCACAAGAUUAAGGAUUAUUGCAAGAGCAAAAAGAUGGAGAUGACUAUUAAAUACAUAGAUCCAACCUACAUGAUCCGUGCCAUUCCAAGCAAUGCUUCGGACAAUGUCUACUGCACUCUGCUGGCACACAGUGCUAUUCAUGGUGCAAUGGCAGGAUAUAGCUUCACAGUGGGAAUGGUCAACGGCAGGCAUGCAUACAUACCAUUUCAUAGGGUAACAUCAACGCGGAACAAGGUUAAGAUAACCGACAGGAUGUGGGCAAGGCUGCUGUCUUCAACAAACCAGCCAAGCUUCCUGAGCGAGGAGGAUAUCGAGGAGGCCAGAGAGGCCGAUAGGCUGGCCAACAGGCCACCUUUGCCGGCAGGCACCAGCGAGCAUACGAAGAAGCACUCCACGUCGCUAUUGGCAAAUGGUGAGAAAUAGUACGAUCUUAAUUUGGGCAUUUUCCCGAUGAUUCUUGUUGUGUACAGUGGUAACUGUGGUCUGAGCCCGUCAUUUACGGAGUUUUGUUCUCCUUAGCAUCUCCAUGUUGACACGAAUACUGUUGAUGUAGAACGAGUAAUAAACGUACGGUACUAUGGUAUUUGCAUCAGACGUGUGUAGGGUAAAGUUGCUUGUGGUGGACAUCAAUCUGCCACAGUUGUCAUUUUCUUAAAGCAACGUCUUUCCCAA